GGACAACAGAUUAUGAUUCAUAAUGAUCCAUGACACCUUUACAACUGUGGAUGUGUUGGUUAGUCCCCAGGAUGUCAGCGUGGGUGGGGAACAGACUCGCCGUGUGUUGCGUUGCGCUGUUGUCGAGCCUGAGUGUCGGGGAGGCGCCGCGGCCGCGGGGGCGUGGGGAGACGCUGGAGGCGGCAGGAGCGGCGGCGGCAGCAGUGUUGGCCAGGGCUUGGCAGCCACACUGCUGCGUCAUCCUGCUGACGGACGGCACCACCUCCACACACGCCGUGGUCAAAGGGCUGCAGCAGCUGGCGGCCCCACGUGGAGCUGCAGUGCUUGAGUCAGGGCCUGUGAGGAGCACGCUCAACAAGACCCUGCAAUACGCACGCAGCGUGAGACGGUUGUCAUGGUGUGUGGUGGUGGUAGUGGUGAGUGACGACCCUUCCUUCUUUGCCUCCUGGGCAGAGCUGGCUCUCGAGAGCGGCCUUCUGGCAUGGUCCACACGACUCGUGGCUCUCACAGGCUUACCAACAUCUGCUCUUAGUGGCCUGUACUUAACAUUCUCUUUCGCCAAUGCGGUCCUCGUUGUGAGCGACGGCGGCAGUCCUCCGAGGUGGGUGGUGCAGAGGCGGCGGUGAAAGUUACGCCACAGCGUGUGUGGCAUGAUGAGGUGAGUUGUGAUCAGGUUGAGAAGUGAAUCCUGAUUAAUGACUAGAUAACAGAGCAGCCUAACACCUCACGUCCCCCUCAGGUGCGAGGUGUGGGUGCACCAGCCCUUCAGUCCACUCAGCGCCCGGGUGGUGCAGGUCGCCUCCUGGUCACUACUUGGCGGUCUCAGUCUUGCCUCCGAACAGACUCUCUUCCCUGACAAGUUCCACAAGUAUGCCGGACCUAAUGAGUCAAUAAUCCUUCCAUAAUACCGCUACAGUCAGGCAGGAAGUGGUGGACGCUUACCCUGCGUGUGCCGGCAGGCUGGCGUGGGGACCGACACUUGUGGUGGCUGCCGAGGAGUUUCAGCCGCACGUAUGGGUGAAGGAGGCGGGAACGAGGACUGGCAUCACCUUACGAGGCCCCAUGGCGGAGCUCCUUCAAGUUCUAGCAUGGCACCUCAACUUUACGUAGGCUUCACACAUUUUGAGAGUUGUUUUCUUUGUUAUACU